AUCAUCUCACACAUCAAGACGUCCAGGAGUCUCCACAUCAUGUGUCAAAUCCCAGUCUUCUGCUGGAUCAGUGCUACAGUUCUGGAGCACAUGAUGACCACAGACCAGAGAGGAGAGCUGCCCAAGACCCUGACUGACCUGUACUCACACUUCCUGCUGGUUCAGACAAACAGGAAGAACAACAAGUACGGUGAGGGACAUGAGACAACUCCACAGCAGCUGACGGAGGCUGACAGGGACGUUCUACUGAAGCUGGGGAGGCUGGCGCUUAAACAUCUGGAGGAAGGAAACAUCAUGUUCUACCAAGAAGACCUGGAGCGGUGUGGUCUUAAUGUCACAGAGGCCUCAGUGUACUCAGGAGUUUGUACUGAGAUCUUCAGAAGAGAGUGUGUGAUCUUCCAGAAAUCAGUCUACUGCUUUGUUCAUCUGAGCGUUCAGGAGUUUCUGGCUGCAGUCUACAUGUUCCACUGUUACACCAAGAGGAACACAGAAGAACUCAACAACUUCUUGGGAACAUAUGGGAACACAGACAGUACCUUCUCCCUGGAUGACCUCCUGAAGAGAACCAUGGAGAAAUCCCUCACCAGUACAAAUGGUCAUCUGGACCUGUUUGUUCGCUUCCUUCAUGGCCUCAGUCUGGAGUCCAACCAGAGAAUCAUCCAGAGAGUCUUAGGAGUCCUGCUGGGUCGAACAGUGAACAAUCCAAAGAUCAUCCAGAGAGUCAUCAACAACCUGAAGGAGAUGGAGAGUGGUGACAUUUCUCCUGACAGAAGCAUCAACAUCUUCCACUGUCUGACUGAGAUGAACGACCACUCAGUUCAUCAGCAGAUGCAACAGUUCCUGACGUCAGAGAACAGAUCGAAGGAGGAACUCUCUGAGAUCCACUGCUCAGCUCUGGCCUACAUGCUGCAGAUGUCAGAGGAGGUUCUGGAUGAGUUGGACCUGGAGAAGUUCAACACAUCAGACCAGGGUCGACGGAGACUGAUCCCAGCUGUGAGGAACUGCAGGAAGGCUCUACUUGAUGGUUGUCGACUCUCAGAGACUCACUGUGAAGUCGUGGCCUCAGCUCUGAAGUCAGACCCCUCACAUCUGAGAGAACUGAAUCUGAGAGGAAACUCCCUGCAGGAUUCAGGAGUGAAGCUGCUGUGUUCUGGACUGGAGAAUCCAAACUGUCAACUGGAGACUCUGAGGUUGAAUCUCUGCAGUCUGUCAAAGAUCAGCUGUUCUUCUCUGGCUUCAGCUCUGAGGUCAAACCCCUCUCAUCUGAGAGAACUGGAUCUGAGUAACAAUGACCUGCAGGACUCAGGAGUGAAGGAGCUGUGUGGUUUUCUACAGAGUCCAACCUGUCGACUGGAGACUCUGAGGUUGUGGGACUGCAGUCUGUCAGAGAUCAGCUGUUCUUCUCUGGCUUCAGCUCUGAGGUCAAACCCCUCUCAUCUGAGAGAACUGGAUCUGAGUAACAACGACCUGCAGGACUCAGGAGUGAAGGAGCUGUGUGGUUUUCUACAGAGUCCAACCUGUCGACUGGAGACUCUGAGGUUGAAGAGCUGCAGUCUGUCAGAGAUCAGCUGUUCUUCUCUGGCUUCAGCUCUGAGGUCAAACCCCUCUCAUCUGAGAGAACUGGAUCUGAGUAACAACGACCUGCAGGACUCAGGAGUGAAGGAGCUGUGUGGUUUUCUACAGAGUCCAACCUGUCGACUGGAGACUCUGAGGUUGGAGAGCUGCAGUCUGUCAGAGAUCAGCUGUUCUUCUCUGGCUUCAGCUCUGAGGUCAAACCCCUCUCAUCUGAGAGAACUGGAUCUGAGUAGAAAUAACAACCUGCAGGACUCAGGAGUGAAGGAGCUGUGUGGUUUUCUACAGAGUCCAACCUGUCAACUGGAGACUCUGAGGUUGGAGAGCUGCAGUCUGUCAGAGAUCAGCUGUUCUUCUCUGGCUUCAGCUCUGAGGUCAAACCCCUCUCAUCUGAGAGAACUGGAUCUGACUAGAAACAACUUGCAGGACUCAGGAGUGAAGGAGCUGCUUGAUCUAAAGCAGAGUUCAGGCUGUCGACUGGAGACUGUGAGACUCGGUGGUUGUGAACUCUCAGAGACUCACUGUAAAGUUGUGGCCUCAGCUCUGAAGUCAGACCCCUCACAUCUGAGAGAACUGGAUCUGAGCUUCAACGAGCUGCAGGAUUCAGGAGUGAAGCUGCUGUGUUCUGGACUGGAGAGUCCAAACUGUCAACUGGAGACUCUGAGGUUGAAGUACUGCAGUCUGUCAGAGAUCAGCUGUUCUUCUCUGGCUUCAGCUCUGAGGUCAAACCCCUCUCAUCUGAGAGAACUGGAUCUGAGUAACAACAAGCUGCAGGACUCAGGAGUGAAGGAGCUGUGUGGUUUUCUACAGAGUCCAACCUGUCGACUGGAGACUCUGAGGUUGAGUCUCUGCAGUCUGUCAGAGAUCAGCUGUUCUUCUCUGGCUUCAGCUCUGAGGUCAAACCCCUCUCAUCUGAGAGAACUGGAUCUGAGCUACAACGACCUGCAGGACUCAGCAGUGAAGGAGCUGUGUGGUUUUCUACAGAGUCCAACCUGUCGACUGGAGACUCUGAGGUUGAAGAGCUGCAUUCUGUCAGAGAUCAGCUGUUCUUCUCUGGCUUCAGCUCUGAGGUCAAACCCCUCUCAUCUGAGAGAACUGGAUCUGAGUAACAACAAGCUGCAGGACUCAGGAGUGAAGGAGCUGUGUGGUUUUCUACAGAGUCCAACCUGUCGACUGGAG